ACCAGCGCCGUCGUCGUCGCAGGCGUCGGCGAGAGCGUCGCGACGGACGUCGAGUCGCAGAGCACCAUGGCGACGCGGCGACGCGUGCAGCAGCAGCCGCCGGCGUCGCCCGGCCCGACGACGCGGUCCCAGGCCCGCGCCGCCGCCCAGGCGCGCGAGGCCGACGAGGUCCGCGCGCCCCUCGUCGGCGGCAGCGCCGCGGCGCCGUCGCCGCCGCCGGACCACGACGCGCGGUCCGUCGCGCUGCUCAUGGUCCUCUACACGCUGCAGGGCGUGCCCAUGGGCCUCUCGGGCGCGGUGCCGCUGCUCCUCGCGGGCAAGGCGUCGUACAAGAUGCAGUCGCUCUUCAGCCUCGCGUCGCUGCCCUUCUCGCUCAAGCUGCUCUGGGCGCCCUUCGUCGACGCGGCCUACGUGCCCGCGUGGGGCCGGCGGAAGACGUGGCUCGUGCCCGUGCAGCUCGCCAUCGGCUGUUUAAUGGUCGCGAGCCGGGGCCGCAUCGACGCCUGGAUGGCCGACGACGGCUCGGAGCCCAACGUCGAGGCGCUGACGGCGUUGUUCUUCGCGCUCUACUUCCUCUGCGCGACGCAGGACAUCGCCGUCGACGGCUGGGCGCUGACGAUGCUGUCCGAGGCGCGCGUCGGCUGGGCGUCGACGUGCAACUCCGUGGGCCAGACCCUGGGCUUUGCUUUAUCCUACGUCGGCUUCGUCGCGCUCCACGACGAGGCGACGUGCAACAAAUACCUCCGAAAGGAGCCGGCGGUCGGGGGCCUGGUCUCGCUGGCGGACUUUGUGUCGCUCUGCGGCUGGGCGUUCCUGCUGACGACGCUCUUCGUGGCCGCGGGCAAGCGCGAGGGCGACUACGGCGCGGGCUGCGACGACGGCGAGCGCGACGAAAAGAGCAAGGAGGGGCACGGCGCCUACGACGCGCUCCGCGAGCUCAAAACCGCGUACGGCCAGGCGCUCGCGACGCUCAAGCUGCCGCCCGUCGUCGGCCUCUGCGCCGUGCUCCUCACGUGCAAGGGCGCCUUCGGCGCCGCGGACGCCGUGACGUCCAUCCGCGCCAUCGAGUACGGCAUGCCCAAGGAAGAUAUAGCAUUAUUGGCGCCGUUCCUCCUGGUCUGCUCCAUCGCGCUACCGCUCGUCAUCGCCCGGCGCACGUCGGGCGCGCGGCCGCUGGACAGCUUCCUCGUCGGCGUGCCCCUGCGGCUCGCGCUGAACCCGCUCAUCUACUAUUUGCUCGAGUACGUCAAGUACGCGCACGGCGAGGGCGGCACCGCCGCGGACAAGGUCCUCGCGUUCCGACUCUACGCGGCGCUGUCCGCCGCGCGCGAGGUCGGGUCGAACCUCAUGUUCGUCUCGCAGAUGGCCUUCUUCGCGCGCGUCUCGGACCCGAGCUUCGGCGGCACCUACAUGACGCUGCUCAACACCAUCGCGAAUUUGGGCGGCAAGUGGCCGCCGUCGCUCGCGCUCUACGCGGUCGACGCCCUCAAGGGUUUCGGCGUCGACGACCCCUUCCUCGUCGAGCUCGCGGUCUGCACCGCGGGCGGCGCGCUCUGGUUUAUGGUCUUCGCGCCGCGCGUGCUCGCGCUCCAGGCCAUCCCGCCGAGCGAGUGGCGCGUCUCCGCCGCCCGGGCGUCGACGCCGCCGCCCGCGGUCACGAUUGAGUUCGACGGCCUCGUCGUCGAGGCGGCGCCGCGCCGCCCGCCGCCGGCGUCGCCCAUGCGCCUCGUGCCGCGCACGGUCGUCGCCGCCGCGCGCCUGCGCGGCGUCCAGGCCCUCGUCGCCGUCGUCGCGGCCCUCGUCGCCGCGGCGUGCCUCGCGCCGUCGGCGGCCCUGCGCUGGGGCCUCGGCGCGGCCCUCGGCGCGGCCCUCGCCGCCGUGCUCGGCGCCGUCUACCUGCAGCCGACAUUCGCGACGGACCUCGUCGAGCGCCACGAGCCGCGCGUGCUCUGGCGCGCGCGCACGAAGCGGCCCGUGGCCGCGCUGACCAUCGACGACGUGCCCAACUACGGCGCGUCGCGCCUCGAGGAGAUUUUAAGCAUCCUGCGCGAGCACGGCGCGCGCGCGACGCUCUUCGUCAUGUCCGCGUGCCGAAUUCAACCACUGGUCAUGUCCGCGUGCCUCGAGGACGCGCCGGACGCGCUCAAGGCCGCGCUCGCCGCCGCCGUCGGCGAGGGCCUCGUGGAGCUCGGCAACCACGGCGCCUACGACGAGCCCGCCGUGGCGCUCGCCGACGCGGACUUUGUCGCGAAGCACGACCACUGCGACGCGGCGAUCCGAAGGCUCCAGGAGGCGACGACGUGGUUCCGGCCGGGCUCGGGCCUCGUGGACCGGCGCGUCCUCGCCUGGGCCGAGGCGAGGGGCUACCGCGUCGUCCUCGGCAACUGCUACCCCCACGACCCCCUCGACGCGACGCGUUUCGUCAACGCGUCGUACCUCCGGCGCCGCGUGCGGCCGGGCUGCGUCGUCAUCCUCCACGACCGGUGGCACACGCCCGCGACGCUCCGCGCCUACUUCGCGAACGCGCCGGCGAUCCGGCUGACGACGCUCACGGAGGCCUUCGCCCUCGCGGACCGCGGCGCGCCGGGCGGGGAUUGGGCGGACGUGGGCGGGGGCCGCGACGCGCGCGCGCCGCCGGACUCGCCCCGGGAGACGCCAGGCCCGGGUUAG